CUGAUUCUGAAGAUGUGAUUAAUAAAUUAUUUGAUAAAAUUCAAUUACUUGAUGAAAAUUUGACAGAUUGGGUUUCAUUUUAUCAACAAAAAUGGGUCAUCACAUCACUUAAUAAAAAUGCUUCACAAAUAGAUGAUUAUACUUGGAGAAUAGCUCCUAAUAAUACUAAUGUUGCGGAAGCCGCACAUGCUUUAAGUAAUCAGCAUGGAAAAGAUAAAGAAAGAUUUACAGCGAUUAAUAUUCAUCAGCAAUAUAAUAUACCUUAUCAAGGACGUAAUAAAGGCCCUAUUUCACGUAAUCUUUUAUCAAAUAAGCGUAAAG